CAGGACCUUCGCUCGCUAAUCAUAGAACUCGGUGUAAAUGUUUGCCUUAGGUAGAUUUGCUGACUCAGAAGGGUCAGAUCUAUUGAAUUCUUCACACAAGAACCUCCAUGAUCAAAGUUACAAAUAUUAUGACCAAUAUCAAAAUCAAGAAGCGUUACAGCUAUACCCCAGCGAGCCUCAGCCUCCCUCUGCAGCAACAGUGUCCUGGCCCCAAAACCAACACAGUCACGAUAUUAAUGAGACAAACCAAAUUGGCAUUCAGUACGGUGAGUGUGUAUCUCAACCCUUCACUACAUGCCAAGAAGGUACGGCGGGUUCACUCCUCACCGACUUGUCUAUAUGUGACUACACAAGCAUUUAUCCAGCGCAGGCAACUGAUGCAGAAAGCUGGCCUACUAUAGGUCCAGACCAACCCAUGUUUCCCUGGCCAAGUGACGCUGAUCACUCACCAAUUGGCAGGAACACAAGGACUCCCACUGAUCGGAAGCUGAAGGUAUAUGAAUGGCCUCCCCAGAGUGACCCCAAGCUGGAGAAGAAGAGGAUACGGGCGAUAAAGGCCUUCAAUAACCGAAGGAGGGUCAGUCAACAAGAAGAUAACCUCCAAAAGAUCCUCAACAACUUGGACAAUGAGAUAAGUACACUCACGGUAGAGAAGUAUAAACGGGAGCAUCUGGUGACACAACUAGAGGCCCAGGUUGAUAUGUUACAGAGGGAGCCCACUAGUAUGAACCUCUUCCUGUGCUAAAGUCUCCUCUUCAAAAUUAAAUGGUUUGUUCGAUUGACGGGAAAGACUGAGUGAUGAGGACUUCCACGGCCGCCAGGAACCACGAGUCUUGACGAAGUAGCAUGACAGCGGGUUGUCUCGACGCUGUCAUCAUCGUCUGAAAUUUGUCUGGUGAUUUCGGAGAUAAAACCCGUCGAAGUUGCCUAUUCACUACUAACCUAACCUAACCUAACAACCCAGGAGUGUGAUAAUCGGUCUACAAACACGUUUAAACUCUUGGUGGUGGAACAUGAAGAUGGCAGAUUGUCGACAAGGCCAACUGAACUACUGUAAUUCAAUUGAACACAACUCCGCAGAGAAAUGAAAAAAACAAAUACGUGCAUGAAAUUUCUGUUAAGUUAAUAAUUUUGCUGAACUAUGAGAUUACUACAGUGAAACCUGAUUUAAAUAUGUAAUAUAAUUAACAUACGUACACUCUAUACCUUUCCAUUGUCUCAUAUGAACUAAAAUUGUGCCAACUUUAUGCUCUUGAGUUAUAAAAUUAUGAACAAAGAGCAACUUAGAAGAGAAGUAAUGACUAAAUCAUCAGGGAGUAUUGGAACAAGGAUCUAAGAACACAAAGCUACAAAUUAAUUGUUCCAGAAUUAAAGGAGUGACGAUUGAUUGUUUGCUGUUUGUUAAAGGAAGAAAAAUAACAAAGAAUAACCAGUG